AUGUCUUGGAAACCACUGCGGUCGUUGGCCGAAUCCGAGUCUCUCCUUACUGCCCCAGGCACCGUUCAUGAAGUUGAGACUGUUUUCGUCGAUGGAAGACUUCAGCGCGUCUACAAAAACCUCUGGCCUUCCCUGCGUGAAUUUUGGCUUUCCGCUGUCUCUCAGUAUUCAGACGACACGUAUGUCGUAUAUGAAGAUCAGCGCUUGACAUACUCCCAGGUACAUGCCCGUGCGGUUCGGGCGGCGGGGGUCUUUAGGGAUGUCUUUGGAAUUAAAAAAGGCGACAGGGUAGGCAUUUGCUCGCGUAACUGUCCCGACUAUCUCGUUGCCUUCUGGGCGUGCCACCUUAUCGGAGCGGUGUCUGUGCUAGUCAAUGCCUGGCUGCCCCAAGAGCCCUUGCUGCAUUGUUUGGUUAAUACCCAAUGCAAACUCGUCAUCUUCGAUCCAGAAAGAGCCGACUUGAUGCAUUCCACCAUUCAAAAAAUUCAACACACGGCUUCAGAACCUGUCUCAUUCCUUGUAUUCGACUUCAAAGAACAUAACAAUAGAGUUUGGGAAGGCAUAAGAUCCUUCGGCGACAGCCUAAACGACUACCGUGUGGAUGGGGCAGGGGUCGUCGAUACUCCAAUCGUGGUUCUUCCUGAGGAUAAUGCAACUUUAAUUUUUACCUCGGGUACAACUGGGCUUCCCAAAGGCGUGCUUAGCACACAGCGACAGUUUUUGACAAAUGUUUAUAAUGUCCUUGUCGGUGGGUUUCGCGCGAGCAUAAGAAGAGGGGAAGACACGCCAAAAGUACAAAGAACGGUUCCGCAAAAGGGGACGCUCGUCACUGUUCCACUGUUCCAUGUCACUGGCUCAACGAGUUUCUCAAUGAUGGCAACAAUGACAGGGAUGAAAAUAAUAUUGACUCGGAAAUGGGACGUUGAAGAAGCUGUACGGUACGAUAAAGUAUUCGUAUUAAUCAAUGUUGCUCGAGUUCAACAAUUUCUCAGGUUGAUCAAAAGCGAGAAUGUUUCCGUGGCUGGCGGUGUGCCAUCAAUGGUCACCGACCUCACUCUAAGUUCUUUGGUUGGGCAUCCUCUAGAAGGCCUUCUAUUCGGAGGUGCACCGGCUCCCGCGACGCUCGUUCUGAGAGCAAACAAAGCCUUUCCCACUGCGACCAUGAUACAAGGUUACGGAUUGACAGAGACGAAUUCUAUCGCUGUCUCUCUUGCAGGAGAAGACUAUGUUGCCCGUCCUAGCAGCACUGGCCGUGCGUCUCCUGUUAACGAAAUCCAGAUAGUUAGCGAAAAUAAAUGCGUCCCUGCUGGUGUUGCUGGCGAAGUUUGGUUGCGCGGUCCCAACGUCAUGAAAUGCUACUGGCGUGACCCAGAAGCCACAAAUGCGUUAAUAACUCAAGACGGCUGGCUUAAAACAGGCGACGUGGGCUACCUCGACGAGGAAGGUUUCCUUUAUAUAAAGGACAGAAACAUUAUCAUCCGCGGUGGAGAGAAUGUUGAUUCCGUGACUGUGGAAAAUGCGUUGUAUGAUGAUCCUCGGAUAUUAGAGGCUGCCGCGGUUGGAGUACCAGACGAACGCCUUGGAGAACUAGUAGCCGCAAUCGUGUCCAUCAGGCCUGAAUUCCAGGGUCAAAUCACGGAGGAUACACUUAUAGCACACGCAAAAACCCGCCUCCCCAAGUUUGCUGUACCCGUUAUGAUAAUCAUUUUAGAUACAACAUUUGAGCGUACCCCUUCAGGAAAGAUCCUGAAAGGCGAGCUCCGAAAAAUCGCAAGGAGCCAUUGGGAAUUGCGGCGUCGAGGUGGGAAUGGGAAAGCUGGACGGGAAGCACUGGCAAACCUCUAG